UUAUUAUAAUUCCAUUUUGACUAACUCCACUUACGUAGAAAAUUUUUUAAAAAUGAUUGGAAACGACUGUAUUUUGUGGUCAUCAUUUUUCAUACUAACAGUCAACUUCAAGGCGAUUGAAUCAACAAACAAAAUUGCACCGUCAUAUUACGUCAGUCAAACAAUCUCUUAUUCAUUCGUUAAUACAGUGAACAAUCUGAAAACCUACAAUGAGCCAGAAAUAAAAUUUAAUGAAAAAGAAAUUACAACUCUUACAACUCCUGCUCACACUUAUAACGACAAUAAGAACCGCGAAUUGCUGUUUGAUAAAUUUGAUAAAAAAAUCGAAGACGUUAAAUGUACUUGCUCUUUAAUUGUGAAAACAAAACUAGCGUACUUGUCGAAUAUUCUGGAAGGCUUGGAAAGUGGCGGCGCUAUAGAAGUUGCAAAAGAUAAAUUAACCAAAUUAAAAGAAGAAGCUGGUCUUAUGAUCCUGUUGUUUCACAAAGGCAAUGUCAAAGCGGGUAAGUGGUUUUGGAGUUAUUAUUUCAAAAUCAUGGCAAUACUAGAACACGAAAGCAACAAACAUUUCUUUGGGGAAACUCCUUUCGAAGAAGAGGAAUUACAAAAUGGAAUCACUGAUUUUUUACAGUAUUGUAAAAAUAAAAAAUACCUUCCCAAAAAUAGAACAGAGUCUGAUUUGGUGUCGAAAAAUUCCAAUUUACAAACUAACAUAUUUAAAAAAAUUCGCUCGUCUGUAAUUAUUGCUGUAGAUUAUUUUCAUGUCAUGCAAUACAUAUCGAUCGAAUAUUUGUAUCUAAAACCAUUAUGGGAUGAACACGAAUUCUUGUUUGGAGAAAUAGCUGGCUCAAUUGUAGAAUGGAGGCCAACGAUAAGACGGCACGCAGUCGAAGUGGAUAAAACCAAGAAAUACGUUGAAAACCGCCAAUGGAUACCAAAACCGUUCGGACACCUUAGUUACCACAAGUUGAUUAAACAAAUUAUCAGUGUGAGAGUAUACACCUUUCUGUGGGUAAUGUUGGUAAUAUUUAACAAAGAAAUGCCUAAAAUGGAUCUGCUCAGCUUAAAUCUUAUGUAUGUGGAGACAAAACAGACAAUUGUUACGGUACAAAGGUGUAUGCACUAUACCGAAACUUUAUUUUUUGAUAUUAUAGCAGAGCUUCGUUGUGCAAUGAAUGACAACCAAAAAAACUUUGAUAGCAUUAUAUCUAGAAUAUCGGUAAGAGUUAAAGACAUUCUAGUUGAGUUGAACGGGGAUGUUUCUAAUGACAGUGAAUGGAUCAGUGUUAAUAUAAACGAUGAGUACACCUAUGCUAUGAUAUCGGAAUUUCUUAAAGAUUUUAGUGAUAAUAUGUAUAGUACUUUAGUAGAAAAGUAUACGAAAUUUAACUAUAAGCUUGCAUUAAGUAUUCUGGUCGAAGGAAAUUGAUGUUUUUAGGGGGAUAAUGACCAUAUAAUAAAUAUUUAAGGUGUAAUUUUUACAAAAUUCUAUAAAAUAAAUCUCAAUAUAGCAUAAAAUGUAAAAUCUAUAAAAGUAAUCCAUCUCGUAUGUGAUAGAAGGCUUUUAACGUUUUUCUCAACGAAUCAAAAAUAACUAAAUGACUAAUAUUGUAGUUGA